GCCAGCCUGUUUCAAAAAACCAAAAAACAAAAAGAAGCAGAAGCAGCAAUGGAUAGAUAGAACCACAGGAACAUGGGUGGAUGUUCAGACACUGUGUGGAGAAAAAGAAAUAAGAGAACGAUCAGCACUUAAGUAUCAGAGUGAGAGAGAAAAAGGAAAGAAUAAGGAUAUGUUUAACUCCUUUGCGUGGAUUAUAAAUUACCUGUGCACAGAACAAGACGCAUCCUGAGUAACAUAUCGUGUUCACACAAAAAGCCCUGCUGAACGUGUCCGAAUCACUGCAGCGCAGGGCGGAGUGGGAUAUGGGGGCAGAAAGAAAGAAAUUGGCAACAUGUGAGGAAAACGCUCGCUCGCUCGCUCGCUCGGCCCCGGGAGUUGGUGAACCUGCGGCCCCGCUGCAGCGCUGGCCCCCAGCGAAGCCGGACGUGGGGUGCCGACUCACUUCCCUCCCCAGGUCCUGUUUGCCACUGAGACCUUUGCCAUGGGUGUGAACAUGCCAGCCCGCACCGUGGUGUUCGACUCCAUGCGCAAGCACGAUGGCUCCGCCUUCCGGGACCUGCUCCCCGGGGAGUACGUGCAGAUGGCCGGCCGCGCGGGCCGGAGGGGCCUGGACCCCACAGGCACUGUCGUGCUGCUCUGCAAGGCCCGCGUGCCCGAGAUGGCCGACCUGCACCGCAUGAUGAUGGGGAAGCCAUCCCAGCUGCAGUCCCAGUUCCGCCUCACAUACACUAUGAUCCUCAACCUGCUGCGGGUGGAUGCACUCAGGGUGGAGGACAUGAUGAAGAGGAGCUUCUCCGAGUUCCCGUUCCGCAAGGACAGCAAGGCCCACGAGCAGACGCUGGCUGAACUGACCAAGAAGCUGGGGUCCCUGGAGGAGCCCGACGUGACUGGCCAGCUGGCUGAUCUGCCUGACUAUUAUGGCUGGGGGGAGGAGCUGGUAGAGACCCGGAGCAGGAUCCAGCAACGCAUCCUGGAGUCUGUGAAUGGGUUGAAAUCUCUCUCGGUGGGACGGGUGGUGGUCGUGAAGAGUCAGGAGCAUCACAACGCACUGGGGGUGAUCCUGCAGGUCUCUUCCAGCUCCGCCAGCAGAGUCUUCACAACCCUGGUCUUGUGUGAUAAGCCCGAGUCUCAGGGCCUGCAGGACAGGGGGCUGGCCACUCCCACUGCGGAUGUGCCCCACCCCGACGACCUUGUGGGAUUUAAGCUGUUCCUGCCUGAAGGGCCUUGUGACCACACUGUGGCCAAGCUCCAGCCGGCAGACGUGGCUGCCAUCACCACCAAGGUGCUCCGGGUGCACGGAGAGAAGAUCUUGGAGGAUUUCAGCAAGAGGCAGCAACCAAAAUUCAGGAAGGACCCUCCCCUGGCGGCCGUGGCCACUGCUGUCCAGGAGCUGGUGCGACUGGCUCAGGCCUGCCCGGCGGGGCCCCCCACCCUCGACCCCGUCAGUGACCUGCAGCUGAAGGAUGUGUCCGUGGUCGAGGGGGGGCUCCGGGCCCGGAAGCUGGAGGAGCUAAUCCGGGGGGCUCAGUGUGUGCACAGCCCCCGGUUUUCCGCCCAGUACGUGAAGCUGCGGGAGCGCAUGCGGAUUCAGAAGGAGAUGGCGCGGCUGCGCUUCCUGCUGUCCGACCAGUCGCUGCUGCUGCUGCCUGAGUACCACCAGCGAGUAGAGGUGCUCCGAACCCUGGGUUAUGUGGACGAGGCAGGCACUGUGAAGCUGGCGGGCCGGGUGGCGUGUGCCAUGAGCAGCCAUGAGCUACUCCUCACCGAGCUCAUGUUCGACAAUGCACUGAGUGCCCUGCGGCCCGAGGAGAUCGCUGCCCUGCUGUCUGGCCUGGUCUGCCAGACCCCCGGGGACCCUGGGGAUCACCUCCCGAGCACCCUCAAGCAGGGGGUGGAACGUGUCCGGGCUGUGGCCAAGAGGAUCGGUGAGGUCCAGGUGGCCUGCGGCCUGAACCAGACCGUGGAGGAAUUUGUGGGGGAGCUGAAUUUCGGGCUGGUUGAGGUUGUGUACGAGUGGGCCCGGGGUAUGCCCUUCUCAGAGUUGGCGGGGCUCUCGGGGACUCCUGAAGGCCUGGUGGUCCGCUGCAUCCAGCGCCUGGCUGAGAUGUGUCGCUCGCUGCGAGGGGCAGCCCGCCUGGUUGGGGAGCCUGUGCUGGGGGCCAAGAUGGAGACAGCAGCCACCCUGCUACGCCGAGACAUCGUCUUUGCCGCCAGUCUUUACACUCAGUGAAUGGCCACUGGGUAAAAGUACAAUAAUAAAGCAACAAACCACUGGGUA